AUGAAUGAAGCAAUGAUCGGAUUCUUAUCAUGUAUCAUAUCAUGUAUCGCUUUCGGUUUUAUGUUUGUACCGUUGCGUAAAUUUGACAGCAAAGAUGGUUUAUAUGUGCAAUGGAUACAGUGCGCUGUUGUAUUCGUCCUCGGUUUUGUAAUUAAUAUUGUGAGAGGCUUUCCGGCUUUCAAUCCGAUUGCUAUGGUUGGUGGUUUCCUGUUUGCAACAGGUAAUAUAGCAUCGGUUCCGAUCAUUAAUCAUCUUGGCAUCGGUGUUGCCAUGUUGGUUUGGGGUUCCAUACAGGUGUUAGUUGGCUGGGGAGUAGCACGAUUUGGCUUCUUUGGUACACAACCGCAAUUAGUUUACAAUAAUGUAAUGAAUAUUGUUGGAUUACUCUUCGUUUUGUUCAGUGGUUUCAUGUUUAUUUUCGUGAAACAUAAGAAUCAAGAUGAAUAUCCUGUUACAAAAAAUGACACAAUUUCGAUGCAGCAAAUAGGAGACAAUUCCGCAGCGCAAAAUAACAAUGCUUAUAAGCUAAAAUUUCAUAUAACAAAGAAAAAAAUUGGAUGUCUUGGGCUAUCCGUACUUUUGGGUAUCCUUCAUGGCUUAAUGAUGACUCCUAUCGCAUAUAUUCAAGAUAAUGACUCAAAUGCAUCGCCCGAUGUCCUGGACUAUGUUUUCCCACAUUUUUGUGCAAUAUUUUUCUCCUCAACUGUAUAUUUCAUUGCUUAUUGUGUAUGGAUGCGAGAUCGAAUACAUGCUCCAGCAGAAUUGAUUUUACCCUCAGCUACUUAUGGAAUAUUAUGGUGUACUGGUAUGAUACUUUGGUUCAUCUCAAAUCAUUUGUUAUCGCAAACUGUUAGCUUCCCAAUCACUACGCGCUUACCGUCAACAAUUGGAGUUCUACUGGAUGUGGUGUUUUUUAAAGAUAUCAAGGGCAAGAAAAAUUUGACGAUCGCAUUUUCAGCGGUUACCAUUGGUUUGAUCGGUGUACUACUAAUUGCAUUUUCAAAUCAGCGCAUUAUAAAUUUUGGAAAGUAA